AUGGAGGAGUUAGUAAGAUGGCCGGAAGAAGAGGUAAAGCGAAGGGAAAAUUACUUCAGGCACGGUAUGGCAGCUUAUGACAUUAAGAACCCGUACACAUGGAGCUUCCCUGCCAAAGGAGCCGCACUGGCUUUUGGAAUUGGUGUGAUUGCUAUUCAUGGUACGAACUUGUUCAAAAACAAACCUUGGUACUACGGUGAGUGUGUGUACUUGUGAAUUUUAUGAGUUUAGCUAUCUACCCUCGUUCUGGUCUGCUUGCUGUGGGAGUGGCUCUUGGCUACUUAGCGGGUUAUGGAAGACAGAAGUUCAACCAGAACAGAGAUGCCUAUGUUGAUCACUACGUGAAACUCCAUCCCGAGGACUUUGAAAGGCUUGAUGAUGGUAGGUCGAGAGAUACUUUUGGGUUUUUCUUGUAUAUUUUUGCACGUAUUAUAUUAUAUAAAUUACCAUUUUAAAAAUGGUAAAUGAGGUAGUUGGAGUUGGUUAUAAUAGUUGAAGUCACUUUAACAAGGAAAGUGUCAAAAGGUGUACCUAACGCCCAAACAUGUGGUAUAGCUCAAAAACAUUCCGUGAUCGUCCUGAUUAAGAAUCCGUUUUCAAAAGUUGCUAAAUUUUUGUUUCGACUGAGUUAUGGUCGUUUAAAGUUUGCACUGUUUUCCUAAAAAUUUCCCAAAACGGCCAUGAAGAGUAACGAACGAAAAGGGAUGCGUGAUCAGGUGGCCGAAUGUAUAAAGCGUUAUCCUUCGGUGACGCUGCCGCAGGUUCGAAUCUCACUGCGUGCAAACUCUUUUUACCUUUUGUCUGAUUAUAAAAAGUGCUCCAAAAGCACCACCAAGGUCAUAGUAAAGUUUUAUAAAUUUAGGAUAUUAAAUUUUUAAACAUGUUUUGUCAACAAAUUGCAUAAUUAAUUUUUAUGUUUUAAAAACACGAAACUUCUUAAUACAUUUUAAAAUUUUUGAAAAUAUUUUUAUUAUUUAAACCAAGGGUAUUUUAGUAUUUUUUUAAAUAAAAAUUAUUUUUUAAUUUAUCAUAUGACUAUAUAAAAGUUAUCACUUUGAAUAACUUUAUAGCUUAUAUUUCAAGAAAAUAUGUUCAAAAACAAAACUUUUUUAGAACAAAAAAACUGCUGUGAUCUUAGUGGUGCUUUUGGAGCACUUUUUAUAAUCAGACAUAAGGUAAAAAGAGUUUGCACGCAGUGAGAUUCGAAACUGCGGCAGCGUCACUGAAGGAUAACGCUUUAACCAUUCGGCCACCUGAUCACGCUUCCCUUUUCGUUCGUUACUCUUCAUGGCCGUUUUGGGAAAUUUUAGGAAAACAGUGCAAACUUUAAACGACCAUAACUCAGUCGAAACAAAAAUUUAGCAACUUUUGAAAACGGAUUCUUAAUCAGAGGACUAUCACAGAAUUUUUUUUGAGCUAUACCACAUGUUUGGGCGUUAGGUACACCUUUUGACACUUUCCUUGUAAGUUACAAGCUGGGUUUACCUUUCACUAUGUUUUAACGAGUGAGAUGUUGUUACAUUAAUUUAUCAUACUAUUUUUAGCGUACGGUAGGCCAUACGCCAAGGUCUUGCUUCCCUGGUACCCCAAGAGAGUUAUGUACACUAAGUUUGACAAACAAUAAAUUAGGUACUAAUAUUGUAAAGGAAUAAAGAUUUCUUUCAAAAACCAACGUAGAGUUAUUUUAUAGUAUGGUUCUGACCAUUGAAAUGUCAAACUUGUAAGUCCAAUGGUAGUUUAACAGUUUUGAUGCUACUCUUGGAUGUUGAGGAAUUAAAUAGUUAUAUAACUUCUUACAACUUUUCAUUGGAUCUUAUUUCUAAUUUGUAAAAAAUUUUUAAUUUUUGUGCAAAAAUGUCCCGCUCUUUCAGUAGUUACUUUUUACUAACAGUACUUCCUAAUAGUUAAUGCAUAAACAUUCUAAUAAGCACUCUUAUAGAGUAUGUCAUGCUUGUCUUAUAAACAUUGCGGAAUUUGUCCUUCCGAAAAAUCAAUAAUCUUGGCAUUUCGUUACGCUUUAAAGAUAUAUGCUUUUACUAAAAGAAAGUGGCGAUGUAAAUACUUUUUUGUGUAUAUAUAUUAUAUUUAACAAAAUGAGGUAGGCAAGCUUUCAAAUGUUGCUUGGAAUAUUUAUUUUUUAUCGACUUACACUGUAAACGAUAAAGCAUUUAAGAAAGCUGUACUUUAUAUCUAAUUUUGUUUUAUAGCGGUAAAUACGCUCAAUUUGGCACAAGUUUCGUCGAUAUCAGCGAGCCUUAUUCAUCCACUUCUACUGUUGAUGAUGAUAAAGACAUUGUACUAGGUAUCUCAAUAAGCGAAGUCGACAGAAACAGUCCCGACAACAAGAAAGGUAACUCUUACGAUUGCUCACGUUAUUGUUUAGUUAAUGAGGCAUCUGCCAAAAAGAGGAAACGGAAAGUGGUUGAAGGUCCCAAACGGAAGAGAGGACGACCAAAGAAGUACCAAGAUGGUCGACCUAGAUGUGUAGUACGGCCAAUACGACGUGAAGUCGGGAUGGAUACGGUGCAUCCUCGAGCUUGUGGAUGGGGAGACUGCGAGCAUGUAGCUCAGAGUAUACGAGAGCUGAAGCAACAUGUAGAUCAAGUACAUCUACCGAGGUUAGUGUCCUUCAGAUGCGAGUGGAGUAACUGUCUGAGGAGGGAGUCUUUCAAGGCACUGUAUAUGUUAUCCCUUCAUCUGAGACGGCACACUGGAGAACGACCUCACGUUUGUACAUUCCCGUUUUGUUCCAAGUCAUACUCCCGACUCGAGAAUCUGAGAACUCAUCUACGACAACAUAAUGGUGAGAAGCCGUAUCCAUGUAUGGUAGCUGGAUGUGAGAAGAGUUUUAGUAAUGCUUCUGACAGGACGAAACAUCAGAAGCGAACUCAUUCUGCCGAGGUUUGUUGGAUUUUACUGUAGACACUUGAAGAAUGUAAAGUAAAUAUAGCUAGAGAAUGAUAUUUAACAUUUAGAAAAGGGUUAGGGGAUUAUUUAUUGUUAUUAGAGUACUUUAAUGCUUUACUUAAAUCUGUACUAUAUUCCAGAAGCACUAUGUGUGUGCUGUAGUUGGUUGUGACAAAAAGUACACUGAUCCUUCUUCUUUGCGAAAACAUGUUAUAAAGACGCACGGUGAAGCAAUGCACAACCUUCUGAAGCUGAACAAAGCGCGGCUUCAAACGACGGAACACGAAACCGAGUAA